CUCACUUUAAGUUAUUUAUGGCGAGAAGUCUGCAAGAGUGACAGUUAAUAUUUUAUGAUGACGUUUGAAAUAUUUAAUGAAUCACCAGGACCAUUGCGGCUAAAAAAACAGAACUCAGUAUUGGAGCGUAAAUUUUUUUUAAUUGUGAGUGUUGGAUUAGUCUGUUCAAUUUUACCGAUUAAUACUUCAGCGGCUGCUGUCGACACUCCACAAAACGAUGUGGCGGCAAACAAAUGCACAGGUAACACAUGUGCCGUAGAACAAUCAGAAACCGCCACACGAGUCACAAAAUACCGUGAUGCCAAUGUCAACCCCUGUGAUAAUUUUUACAAAUUCGCUUGCGGUAGUUACAAGAAAACUGAUAAGUCCGAUGAUUACAAUCAUCUAGAAACUUUAAGGAAUGAUGAACUUAAGAAGUUGAUUCAAAAAGGAACCUCUUCCGAAUUCAAACCUUACAAGCUUAUCGAUGAUAUUUACAAAACAUGUAUUAAUAAAGAUGCUAAAGGACAGCAAGCGUUAGAUACUCUCAAACGAAUCAUUAAAAGUUUGGGCAGUUGGCCAAUUCUAGAAGCCGAUAAAUGGAAGGAAGCUGAUUUCAAUUGGAUCGAUUUCAGUAGCAAUGCCAAAAAAGCCGGUUACAAUAUAAACUAUUUCUUAGAUUGGGAGCCAUUGACUAUAUAUAGGGAAAAGAUGAAAGUUAUCAGAUAUUCUGUCACCAUGGCGCGAAGCUACUUCGCGAAUUCAAUGAGCAGCAAAAUUGAAACGCAGAAACAAAUUUACAGCGACUAUAUGCUCAAAAUAUCAAAACUUUUUGGCGUAAAUACUGAUGAUAUAACCCAGCAAUUGAACGAAGCCUUCGAUUUUGAAAUAAAAUUACAGGAAAUAAAUUCUGGAAAUGGGUCGGACUAUACUCCUCACAUCAGCAUUGAGCAAUUAAAAACUCAAUGCCCAACUGUCGAAUGGGAUAAAUUUGUCGAAAAAACUCUGAUGCCGUUCGUUGAUGCCGACGAAAAGCCAAUUUUGACCGUCCGUAAUUCGACCGCUCUUGCAGGAUUCGCUAAACUCAUUGAAAGUACUCCUAAACGUGUGCAAGCCAAUUACGCCGUAUGGAAAAUAAUUCAAUACUCGGUUCCUUAUUUAACUGAAGAAUUUAGGGAAGCGUUGAAAAAUUUCAAUGAACAAAUAGGCCUCACAGAAAUGCCGCAAGAAGAUUUUUGUGUUAACAUGGUCAAAAAAUACGCUGAAUAUGCCCUCAAUUCAUUGUAUUUGGAUCAGUACAAGAGCAGUCAGGAGACUAUUAAAACAAUGGUUAGAUCUAUUAAAGAAGAAAUGAUAAAAAUGGUAAAAGAUUCUAAAACAUUGAAUGAGGAGGAUAAGAAUGGAGCAAUUGAAGUUGUUAACAAGAUGAUUUAUACAAUCGGACCGUCGGAAAAACUUUCAGACCCAAAGGAAUUGGAAAAAUUCUACGCAGAUGCUCAAGUUGUUGAAGACAAUUUCCUGCAAACAAUUUUGAAUUUAAAUUUGUUUAAGAUAAAGAAAGAAUUCGGUAACAAAGUGCAGUUGGACGUGUUCCCAUUUUUCAUUUCCAAAUCAGCCAACCCAGGAAUCCCAGAAAAUUUCGCUGGAUAUCUGUACAUUCCAACUUCUAUGAUACCCAGUCCGUACUUUAACGUAAACCGUCCGAUGUACAUGAAUUUUGGUGCAAGUGGAACUCAUAUAGCGAUAAAUAUUUACAAAAGUUUACUUUUCUUCGGAAGAAAGUGGACAGAUGGCGGAGAACUACUUUCAACAGAUCAAGUCGAUUGCUUCCGUAACCAAUACGGCAAUUCAACUAAUGCAAAUAAAAACAAUCGUCAUCCUAAGCCUGAAGAAGACAUGAUAGUCCAAUUCAUCGGUUUUCGUACUUCUCGGGCUACUUAUCAGAAUUACGUAACUAAAAAUGGCGCCGAACAAGCUCUUGCAGGACUGCCUUAUACACCGGAACAAUUAUUCUGGAUUUCAUAUGCGCAAUCAUUGUGCCCUGUUUUUGCUAAUCAAACAGACGCUGAAUCUACUGAUGCUACAAAUAAUCAAUUCGCUUCUCCCGAAUAUAAAUUAACAAAAAUACUGUCAAAUAUACCGGAAAUUUCAUCUGAUUUUAAGUGUCCUGUUGGUUCUAACCUUAAUCCCGAACACAAAUGUACUUGGUGGUAGUUUGAGUAAUCUGCAAAGAUGGAGCUGUCAGAAAACCUGCAAGUAUAUUUACUUGGACACAAAAAUAAUAAUUUUUUUAUAACUACUGUAGUACGAAAAUAUCUAUUUUACUGUUGUAAGAGUUAUGUAAAAUAAAAAUAAUCAUGUAAAAUGAUCUAAGAUCUCGUAAUGAGCAUAUGUAUGUAUAUAUAUACUGUGUAAUUAUUGUGAAAAUCAUAUACAAAUAAAAUAUCAAUCAUAUUUAA